GAAACUCUACAGAGAUGUGAUGCGGGAAACCUUCACGAACCUGGCCGCAGUGGGACAGAAAUGGGAAGAUCAUGAUAUUGAAGAUGAAUACAAAAACCAGGGGAGAAAACCAAGAAUUCCAGUGGUAGAGAAAAUCUGUGAAUGGAAAGAGGGUAUUCAAUGUGGAGAAGUCUUCAGCUUCAUUCCAAAUCUAAAAAUGAACGAGAAAACUCUUGUUGGAGCGAAACCACGAGAAAACAGUGUGUGUUCGAAAAUCUUGAUACAUGAUACAUCCCAUAAUAGGCAUAUCAGCUGUCACACUGGACAUAAGCCCUCAGAGAUUCAGGAUUGUGGAGAAAAGCCAUAUAAAUAUGGGCAAGCUUUCAGUUAUGUCCAGUGUUUUGAAAAACAUGAGAGAAAUCACCAUGGAGAGAAAACCUAUAAAUGUGAGGAAUGUGGGAAAUCGUUUAGUUCUUCAACUUCACUUCAAAUACAUGAGAUAACCCACACUGGAGAGAAACUCUAUCAAUGUAACCGAUGUGGGCUAGUCUUCAGAGAUUAUGUUACCUUAAAAAGACACAGAAGUCUUCAUAUUGGAGAAAAACCUUACGUAUGUAAGGAAUGUGGGGUUGCCUACAGAUAUUAUAGUAUGUUACAAAGACACGAAAGAAUUCAUACUGGAGAGAAACCGUAUGAAUGUAAACAUUGUGGACUAUCAUACAGAUAUUUGAGUAGCUUACGAAUUCAUGAAACAAUUCACACUGGAGAGAAACCGUAUGUAUGUGACUUAUGUAAUAAAACAUUUAGUUGUCUUAGUUAUCUUCGGAAACAUAUAAAAUAUCACUGCAGAGGAACACCAUGAUUGUAAAAACUGUAAUAAAGUAUUUUGAUGUCCCAGUGAUUUUGAAAAACAUGUAAGAAACCACCAGAGAAACCUUUUGACUGUAAACAUUGUGAUAAAGCCUACAGAGAUCACAGCUCCUUACAAAGACACGAAAGAACUCGUACUGGAGAGAAACCCUCCGAAUGUAAGGAAUGUGGAAAAGCCUUCAUUUAUGCCACUACCUUUCAAAGACACAUGACAAUGCACAGUGGAGAAAAACCAUAGAAAAAUGCAGAAUGUGGGAAACAGUUCAGUUAUCCCAGCUCCUUUUCAAAGCAUGGAAGGACUCACUGGAUAAAACCUUUUGAAUGUAAUCAGCAUGGGAAAGACUUGAAUUGGUCCACAUUCUUACAAGUGAAAAUUCCCACAAAAAAAAGUAAAAAUGUAAAUAACAUGAGAAAGCUUGAUAGAAAUAAAUCCAUGUAUAAUGUGCCAGAAAGUUUUCAAGAUGAAGAGUACUCAUUUAUGUUGUAGAUAUAUUGUGUUUAUUGACCCUCUUUUUAGAGUGCAUCAUUGGACUGUGGAUUCCUACUAAUUAGUUUCCGAAGUGAAUAUUCACCUGAGAUAUUUCUGAGAGUCGUCUCUCAACAACAGUAUAUAGAUAAAUAGGUAAUGCUUCUUCCUUAAAAUGUUUAACAAUAUUUUCUAUUGUUUUGAACCCUAUCAAAUCCAUGGGUGAAUUGAAAUGUAUUUUUUUACAGUUUUGUUGUUGUUGUUGUUGUUUUUUAAGCUGAGCCAUCCUGCCACCUGUUGGC